AUGUCAGUCCGAAGACGUACUCAUUCAGAUGAUUUUUCUUUUCGAUUAGAAAGAACAAGGCGACCUUCAAAACUCGAUGUCCUUCGAGAAUCUCCAACUCUGCCAGUCCAACAAGGAUACUCGCUGACUACUGUCGUUUUGGUUUCGCUUGUAGUGACGCUGGUCUGUCAAAAUGUCGCCCCACCAGCCUUUUCAUAUCUAAAUCAACUGAUUAAAAAUUCUCCGAAAAGAAAAAUACCCGGGCAAUCGAAUCGUUUAAAUAUCGGAUUCAUCAGUACCAAUUCACCAGAGAAAUUCGCUCCAGCUGUUCAAAAACCAACAUUUCUAGUAGAUCCAAUUUAUGAUGAAAAAUGGAAAGGAGUUCAUACAGCUGUUCCUGUCAUGACGACGGAACCAGAGGAAAAACGGGAUAACAAUCAUGCAAAAGUGAAAGAGGCGAUAUUGGCAGCCAAGGCAGCAAGUAGAUCAAGAAGAGAUGGAAAUCUGGAAAGAGCAGUGACAAUAAUGGAGCACGCAAUGGCAUUGGCUCCUAACAAUCCACAGAUUCUCAUCGAAAUGGGACAGAUUCGAGAGAUGCACAACGAACUCGUGGAAGCAGAUCAAUGUUAUGUGAAAGCAUUAGCCUACGACCCUGGAAACUCUGAAGCAUUGGUACUUCGUGCUCGAACUAAUCCCCUUGUCAGUGCAAUCGAUAGGAAAAUGCUGAAAACAGUGCACGAUUUGCGGAACGAAUUUGCACAUCUACAACAUUCGACAGCUCUCCGAAGAAUGAUGAGAGAAACAUAUUUUCUCUAUGUCUAUCAUACAGUAGCAAUCGAAGGAAACACUCUAUCUCUCGGACAAACUCGUGCAAUCCUUGAAUCUGGAAUGGUCAUCCCUGGUAAAAGUAUUCGAGAACACAAUGAAGUCAUUGGUAUGGAUGCUGCACUUCGUUUUUUGAAUUGCUCUCUUCUUUCCAAAGAACAUCACGAGAUAUCAAUCGAUGACAUUCUCGAAAUGCACAGAAGAGUAUUAGGAAAUGCAGAUCCUGUAGAAGCUGGAAAGAUUAGAACGACUCAAGUUUAUGUAGGGAAGUUCACACCAGUGGCUCCUGAAUAUGUGCUCGAGCAGUUGGCAGACAUGGUUGAUUGGUUGAAUGAUGAGAGUACAAUGGCUAUGGAUCCCAUUGAACGAGCUGCCAUAGCUCAUUAUAAAUUAGUGCUAGUACACCCAUUCACAGAUGGAAAUGGAAGAACGGCACGGUUACUAUUGAAUCUGAUAAUGAUGAGAAGUGGAUUCCCCCCAGUGAUUCUUCCAGUUGAGACUAGAGCAGAGUACUAUGCAUCUCUCCACGUGGCAAAUCUAGGAGAUCUGCGACCAUUUGUGAGAUACGUUGCCAAACAUUCUGAAGCAUCCAUUCAAAGGUACAUUGGUGCAAUGAAAACGUCAUCUGGCAAUGUGAUCAACGGAGAAGAACCUAACUUGACCGCUGAAGAGUCUAAAGUCUCUGAGAAAAUCGAAACCGAGUGUCGAGCGGGGAGUUAA